CAGGUUUUCACCACAGGGCGGAUUUACGUCUUCAUUUGAGUACUAGAAGAAAGUGGACGAAAGGAAUAAGAAAGACAAUUUGGUUUAAACCAACAACUACGGUUUCUAAAUGGACUCCCUCGGAUUGACAGGACCGAGGACGAUAUUUGAUGCUAAAGGAACAAACGUCUUCUUAUUAAUGUGAUGGCAAUGUUUGUUUAAAACGUCACCGACUUGGAAACUAAAGUGAGGAUGACCGCCCUCAUGAGGAAGAUGCAACAGGUGCUGUGCGUCCUGCUGCCGUGUGUUCUCCAGCUCUGCAGCGCGCAGACACAAGGAGUGGUCAUUUGUAUGGGCACCAAGAACAGUCUGAGCACGACGGGAAUCCCAGAUAUCCGGUACAACUUAAUGAAGGAAACGUACACCGGCUGUGAGAUUGUGAUGGGCAACCUUGAGAUUACCAAUAUGGGGCGCUCCAGAGACUUCUCCUUCCUGAAGUCUAUCAGGGAGGUGACAGGGUACAUCCUGCUCGCACUCAACGAGUUCAGCCGCGUGCCUCUGGACCACCUGCGUGUCAUCAGAGGCAGCACGCUGUAUGAGGACAAGUACGCUUUGACUGUGAUUCUCAACUACAAGAAAGGCGGGGAACACGGCCUGCAAGAACUGGUCCUGACACAUCUCACAGAGAUUCUGGAGGGAGGAGUCAAGAUCUUCAACAACGACUACCUGAGCUAUGCCCCGCAGGUGAACUGGUUUGACAUCGUGAAGGAUGGAACAGCUCCUAUUGUGAUCGAGGGCAAUGGGCCUGAAAAGCCUUGUAACGAAGCAUGUGGAGACCUUCCAUGUUGGGAUCCAGGAAAUGACACGUGCCAGAUCUUGACAAAGACUGUGUGCGCCCCUCAGUGUAACGGCCGAUGCUUUGGUAGAAACCCAAGUGAGUGUUGUCAUAUAGAAUGUGCUGGAGGCUGCACGGGACCCCUGGAUACAAACUGCUUUGCUUGCAGGAACUUUAACAACUCGGGCGCCUGCAUGCCUCUGUGUCCCCAGACCCUCAUAUACAACAAACACACAUUCAAACUGGAGCCCAAUCCCAAUGCCAAGUACCAGUAUGGCUCCAUCUGUGUGGCCCAGUGCCCUACUAACUUUGUGGUGGACGACAGCUCAUGUGUAAGCAGUUGCCCAUCUGAAAAAAUGGAGGUGGAGAAAAACGGAGUGAAAAGAUGUGAACCCUGUGGAGGCCUCUGUCCAAAAGCUUGCCAUGGCACAGGAAGUCAAACCAGACAGACAGUAGAUGCUUUUAACAUUGACAGUUUCAUAAACUGCACUAAGAUCCAGGGCAGUCUGCACUUCCUGGUGACCGGGAUCAAAGGCGAUGAUUAUAACGGUGUACCAGCCCUCGAUCCAGAGAAACUGAUAAUCUUCAAAACUGUGAGGGAGAUUACAGAUAUCCUCAGCAUCCAGUCGUGGCCUGAAAACAUGUCUGACCUGUCAGUCUUCUCGAACCUCCAAUCCAUUGAGGGCAGGACACUUUACAAGGGCUACUCUCUUUUGGUGAGAAGUAUCAGCUCUUUGACCUCGCUCGGGUUGCGCUCGCUGCGAAAAAUAAGCGACGGCAGAGUCUACAUCACAGGAAACAAGAGGCUGUGCUACCAGAAAACCAUUAACUGGACGCGCAUCAUGACCAGCAGCUCUCGCCCACAGCGACGCCAGAAGUACUAUGAAAUCAGGGAGAACCGACCAAUAAAUCAGUGUGUUGAGGAGGGCCAUGUGUGUGACCCCCUGUGCUCCUCUGAUGGCUGCUGGGGUCCGGGGCCAAACCAGUGUCUGUUCUGUAAGAGGUACAGCAGGGGGGGAACAUGCGUGCCAGAUUGCAUGUUCUUAACUGGGGAGAGGCGGGAGUUUGCUACUCAGUCAGGGGAGUGUAUGCCAUGCCAUCCUGAGUGUAAGGUCCAGGAGGGGAAGCAGACCUGCACAGGCCCGGGAGCGGAUCAGUGUGUUGCAUGCGCCAGCCUGCAGGACGGUCCACACUGUGUCUCCUUGUGUCCUGAGGGUGUGAUGGGAGGGGAGGAAGUCAUCUUUAAAUACCCCAACAAGCAGGGCAGCUGUGAACCGUGCCACAUCAACUGCACCCAAGGUUGCUACGGCCCAGGAAUUGGAGACUGUUUGGGGUUUUCCCGGUACAUUUCUGGACAAUUGACCACAGCCAUCGUCCUGGGAGUGAUUGCCCUUCUCUUUGCCUCAUUCUCUGUUUUCGUGCUGACUGUUCUGUACCGACGAGGUCUUGCCAUUCGUCGCAAGCGAGCCAUGAGGAGGUACAUGGAGAGCGGAGAGAGUUUUGAACCUCUGGAUCCUGGAGAGAAAGGUGCUAAAGUCCAUGCUCGGAUCCUGAAGACCACAGAACUCCGUCAGAUCAAGCUGCUGGGUAACGGAGUGUUUGGAUCAGUCCAUAAGGGCAUUUGGAUCCCUGCGGGCGAUACAGUGAAGCUUCCUGUGGCCAUAAAGACGAUUCAUGAUCGCACCAAACGGCAGACCUUCCAUGAGCUGACAGAUCACAUGAUGACCAUUGGAAGCAUGAACCACGUUAACGUAGUCAGGACCCUGGGUAUCUGUCCCGGUGCCAGCCUGCAGCUCGUGACCCAGCUCAGCAGUCAGGGCUCCCUUCUGGAGCACGUCAGGAACUCCAAGAACAAACUGAGCCCACAAAGGCUGCUCAACUGGUGUGUUCAAAUCGCAAAGGGGAUGUAUUACCUGGAGGACAACAGGAUGGUCCACAGGAACCUGGCGGCGAGAAAUGUGCUUCUCAAGAAUAAUUAUACAGCACAGAUCUCAGAUUACGGCAUUGCAGACCUACUUUACCCUGAUGACAAGAAGUACUUUUACAAUGAGGUCAAGACACCAAUCAAAUGGAUGGCCUUAGAGAGCAUCUUGUUUCGCAGAUACACACAUCAGAGCGAUGUCUGGAGUUAUGGUGUGACAGUAUGGGAGAUGAUGUCCAGUGGGGCAGAGCCGUACACUUCGAUGCGUCCACAGGACGUUCCUGAUCUAUUGGAAAAGGGCGAGCGUCUGUCCCAGCCUCAAAUUUGCACCAUUGAUGUCUACAUGGUCAUGGUCAAGUGUUGGAUGAUUGAUGAGAAUGUCCGUCCAACAUUUAAAGAGCUGGCAAAUGAAUUCACCAGAAUGGCCAGAGACCCGCCUCGCUACCUGGUGAUCAAAGAGGACUGCAACCAACAGGACUCAGCCCCGGAUGAACUCGCCCAGCGGAGUGUAGACCUGGACAACCUGGAUGAUCUAGACAUAGACCUGGAGGACCAGGAGGAGGAGGAGGUAGAUGGUUUGACUCGGGCCCCACACUACUUGUCUCAAGCCAGGAGCCUCGGUCGCCUCUCCAGGAUGGACACUCACAGAGUGAUUAUUUCUCCAUCAAACGUGGCGGGUUACCUGCCUAUGACCCCAGGUGUUGACAACCCAGGACAGGCCAUGUGGCAGUCACGCUCUCGACUAAACUCAGCCCGCACUGUGUCUGAGAGCUCAGAGGGCUGCGGCACAGCAGUGGAGCUGGAGAUGAGUGAGGACUUUUCUCUGGCUGGCAGCCUGAAGAGACGACGUCAACGUGAGGACAGCGCUUACAUGUCGCAGAGGGACAGCUUGUCCGGUGGGCCACCAGAGACUCCGUCACCAGAGAUUGAGGAAGAGGACCAGAAUGGAUAUGUGCUUCCUGGAGACAGUCCAGAGAAAGAAACUUUACUUUGCUCAUCUCGGACCGGUCCUGGCAGGACGGGCAAGUCUCAUUCAUCGAGCCUCCUGGAUGAUCCAGAUGAAGAAGAUUAUGAGUAUAUGAACAAGCAGACAUGUGCUACAGCGGUCUCGCCCAGGAACAGCAGCCACAGGCUGAAGCCGAACAAGAAGCGCACCUCCUCUGUAUCGUCACAGGCAACAGCGUGCUCAGGUGACACCACAUCCUCCGUGGAGGUCAGGGGAGGUCACACCAGAAGCGAUCACAACUCCGACUCAGAGCAGCAGGGAUCUAAUGAAGUUGAAUAUGAAUACAUGGACAUCAGGGGUAAUGAAAAAGAUGAAAGCCCUCCAGUGCCUGACACUCCUCCUCCUCCUCCUCCUCCUCUGACACAAGCAAGGAUGGGCAGAGAGGUGGAGGAGGAGGAGGAGGAGGAGAAGGAGAAGGAAGAAGAGGAUGAGUAUGUGGAGGACAGUAACUAUCAUUACACAAACAGACAGCCAAAGCUACGUCAAGCUCUUCGAGACAGGAAGGAGCUGAAGAUAGAGGGAAGGGACGAGGACGAGGAGGAGGCGUAUGAGUAUGAAGACAUGGACUCCUUUGCUGCCGUGCGGCCUGGAGACACUGUGGUGUACCACAACCUGCAGACAGAAGGGGAGGGAGCAGUAGGGGGCACAAAGGCACAUCGAUCUGGGUUUGAACCCUCCGUAAAAGUGCGAGCUGGAGUUGGGGUUGGGGAACCUGCAGGUGGCGACAGAUCUUUUGACAAUCCAGACUACUGGCACAGCAGGAUGUUCCUGAAGCCCAACGCAGUGCCUACAUGAAGAACAUUUUAAAUGUCAUGAGCUUCCCUCCGAGACAUAGUCAUGAAGGACCCGAAACAGGAAAUGCAAUCUAAAGACAUGUUUAUAAUGUAGCCAAUGACACAAUUUCAAAAAUGCUUGACUAUUCAACAGGCUCUGCUGCGUUAUUUCUUAUAUUCAAGCCUAUGAUUUAGGGCAUUUCCAGAAAUAAAAGCACUGACUUUGGAAAACACUAACAGAAAUGAAAAGAAUUCAAGCUAUAUUUUUCUGUUUACAUUUUGAAAUGAACAAAGCUUUUUCAGAACAAAUUUUUUUGUUUGGAGUUUGGACUUUUUAUGUUAUGAGACCUCUUUUAAUGAUGGUAUAUGAAAUACA